AUGCAGAGCUACUCGGUCAUGAGGGACGGGUUCCCUCCUUUCUCCCACUCGCACAACCACCCGCCACCGCCCUCGUUCCCGAGCGAUCCCUCACCCUCGUCCUCAUCGUCCGCCGCGGCAAACGCUCCUCCCCUUCCUCCCUCUCACCUCGCAUCGCAGCGAUCGCGCAUCCCGGCUUUCGCACAAGCUAGCGCACUCUCGGCGAGACGCUCGUCGACGGAACCUGCCGCACAUGCCCUCUCCCGCCCCGACAACUCUCGACCCUUUCCCCCUUCGUACCCUCACGAGCAGACCGGGAGUGCCCGAGCGUCCGACCCGACGAGCUUGAUGACCGCCCCAUUGCCAACCACGAACCGGCACAUCCCGGCAUUCGGCUCCUCCUCCUCCUCUUCCACCGCGGACGUCCCCGCAGCCGCUCCUCCUCCAUUCCGCCGCCCUUCAACCUCCUCAGCCUCCGCCUCAGACCCCUCCCGUCACUCUCCAGAAGCAGACAACGAAUGUGCCGCGGCCCUCUCCGCACUCGCAGCCUCCGCACCCUCUCCCUCUCCCGCUCCCUCCUCUCAACCACUCCCUUCGCACCUCCCCCUCCCUCCAGCCGAUGGGCGCUCACCGACCCUUUCCGCGCAAUCUACUCUAGCAAGCAGCGCUGAUUUCCCACUCGGCCCCCUCGGCGCCGAGGCGAAUGGCGGGAGGGUGGCGUUGAGUCCUGAGUCGGGGGAGGGGUCGGGGUCGGGUGUGGGAGAGGGAGAGGAGGGUGCGAAGGGCGGGAAGGGGAAGAAGGAGUUGAAGCAGACGAAACGAGCGGCGCAGAACCGAGCAGCCCAACGAGCAUUCCGCGAGCGGAAGCAACAACAAAUCCGCGACCUCGAAUCCCGCGCCUCUACGAUUCCGCUCCUCGAAUCGCGCAUAACAGCCCUCGAAUCCCGCUGCCACUCGUACGAACUCGAACGACAGGCGUGGGACCGCGAACGGUGCGCGCUGUUGGGUGAGUUGGAGACGCUGAGGAGGGUUGCGGGGGUGGAGAGGGCGGCGAGUGUGGGUUUGGAGGGGAAGAGGGCGAGAGAGGGAGAGGAGCUGGGAGAGGGAGGGGAGAAGAGGGUCAAGGUGGACGAGGAGUUCCCCAGGGUCGAGCAGGUUGAAUGA